UUGCAUAAUUUAAUGAGGCUUGACCUUGGGAACAACAGACUUACUGGCCAUAUACCUGGAGAAGUAGGAAUGUUGAGGUCUCUCAAUUAUAUUGAUAUUGCAGGAAACUACCUAACCGGUAAUAUUCCCGAAUCCAUAGGAAAUUUAAGCAAGCUGGAGCUCUUUUAUCUAUAUGACAAUAAGCUCUCUGGUUCUAUCCCGAGUGAAAUAGGACAACUUGGAUCUCUGAUCGUAUUGCAGUUGUUAGGUAAUUAUCUUACUGGCGUCAUCCCUCCUUCCAUAGGAAACUUGACCAAAUUAUCCAAUCUUCUUCUUAGUCAAAAUAUGUUGUCUGGUUCGAUACCUCGAGAAGUUGCAAUGCUUAAAUCUCUUUCUGUACUUGCACUCGCUGAGAAUAAUUUCUCUGGUUCUAUCCCGAGUGAAAUAGGACAACUUGAAUCUCUGUCCAUAUUGCAGUGGUCAGAUAAUUAUCUUACCGGUGUCAUCCCUGCUUCCAUAGGAAACUUGACCAAGUUAUCCAAGCUUGUUCUUAGUCAAAAUAAGUUAUCUGGGUCGAUUCCUCAAGAAGUUGGAAUGCUUAAAUCUCUCUCUGUACUCGUACUCGCUGGGAAUAAUUUCUCUGGUUCAAUUUAAAAUUAGACAUUAUCCCAGUGAUGGUGAUUUAAACAAGUGUAUGAAGAAUGAAGAAACAGAGACAAAAUGAAGAAGAUGAAUAUCUCGACUAAAACUCACCAAUUAAAUAAAGGCUGAAGCUCAAUACGCAGCAUUUUGUUAUGUUUUUAAAAUUCAGUUUUAGUUAGUUGAUGUUGAACAUUACUUUUCCUUUGUUAAUUGUAUACCUGUACAUCUAAA